AUGGCGACUAAGCACGUUUUUGACAGCGCCACCGGCCUCGUUGACCGCAACCUUCGAGGAACCGUCGCGCAAAACCCAGCUCUUCGAUACUACUCUCCCCACAAGGUUGUUUACGACCCCUCGCACCCGAAUGACAAGGUUGCUGUGAUUUCGGGUGGUGGUGCUGGCCACGAGCCUGCCCAGGCUGGCUUUGUCGGCAAGGGCAUGCUUGCUGCCUGCAUUUCCGGCGACAUCUUCGCCUCCCCCUCGGCUGCCCAGAUCUGCUCCGGUAUCGACCUGAUCAACCACGACGCUGGUGUGAUCAUGGUCGUCAACAACUACACCGGUGACUGUCUGCACUUCGGUCUCGCCGCCGAGAAGGCCCGCGCCGCAAUGGCAUACUCGGGCAAGAAGGGCGGUGGCGUCGAAGCCGUUAUUGUGGCUGACGACGUUGCCGUGGGCCGAAAGCGCGGCGGCCUGGUCGGCCGACGUGGUCUGGCCGGCAACAUCUUCACCUGCAAGAUCCUCGGCGCUGCUUCGGACAAGGGCAUGGAGGUGAAGCGCAUCGCCGACCUUGGCCGAAACCUCAUGGACAACAUGGUGUCCAUCGGCACUUCGCUGGACCACUGCCACGUUCCCGGCCGUCCCAAGGGCGCCGAGGAGCGUGGUGCGCUUGCCGAAGAGGCCGCCGAGCUCGGCAUGGGUAUCCACAACGAGCCCGGAUUCAAGCACAUGGACAAGAAGCCCGAGCCCGAGGCUCUGAUUGGCGAGAUGCUCGACCUGCUGCUCAACCCUGACGACGAGGACCGCGCCUACACGCCGUUCGACAAGGAUGACGCGCCCGUGCUGUUCGUCAACAACCUCGGCGGUAUGAGCCAGCUCGAGAUGAACGCCAUUGUGGACCUCACCAUCGAGCUGCUCGAGAGCAAGUGGAGCCUGCACCCUUGCCGCGUGCUGUGCGGUCCGUACAUGACCUCGCUCAACGCGCCUGGCUUUGGCAUCUCGCUCAUCAACCAGAAGCGCUUCCAGAAGAAUACGGGCGAGGACCUGCUCGAGCUGCUCGACUAUCCGACCACCGCCUACUCGUGGCUCGGCGUGCAGUCGGGCUGGGGCUCUGCUCAGGGCCACCCGCGCGACCGCAAGGCCGAGGAGAAGGAGGCGGCCGACCACCUUCAGUCCGUGCGCAAGGCAGGUGGCUCGGUCAGCGGUCUCGCCGACCCGGGCGCCGCCUCGAAUGGCCCCGUCAACCCUGACCAGGAGCUGGUGAAGAAGGCCAUCCUGUCGGCAUGCGCCGCUACGGUCGAGAUCGAGCCCACGCUCACCCGUUACGACACCAUCGUCGGUGACGGCGACUGCGGAGAGACGCUCGCCCAGGCGGGUAAUGAGGUGAAGAAGGCUCUCGAAAAGGGCGAGAUCCCCCUCGACAACGCCGCAGGCACUCUCAUUGCCAUCGGCGAGGUGCUCGAGUACGCCAUGGGCGGCACCUCGGGUGCAAUCUAUGCGCUCUUCUUUGCUGGCCUCGUCCAGUCGCUCCUCUCGCAGCCCUCGGGCACGCAGGCGGAUGCCAAGGUGUGGGGCAAGGCUGCCCUCGACGCGCUCGAGAACUUGGGCCGCUACACGCCCGCGCGCCCCGGCGACCGUACGCUGGUCGAUGCUCUCGACCCCUUCUGCCGCGCGCUCGGCGCUGGCAAGUCGCUCACUGAGGCCGUCGACGCCUCCAAGGUGGGCGCCGAGAAGACGCAGGCCAUGACUCCUCGUCUCGGCCGUGCCACCUACGUCGGCUCCAAGGACCAGGGUGAGAUGCCCCCUGACCCGGGUGCGUGGGGUAUCUGGGCCCUCACCGACGGCCUCCGCAAGGGCCUCGGUCAGUAA